AGUCCCGGCCGCGACAGAGGCCUCCUGCUCCCGAGUCAGUGGCGCCCUUGAGGAGGGCGGGGAGCCGGCUGCCAGGUCCCUGCUGCGUGGCGGCUGGGACUAGUCCGUGGACGUUCACAGCGCACGGAGGAGGGCCCACUAGGAAAGUGUGGUUGGCGGCGCUUAGUAAACCAGGGCGCGCAGGCUGAAGAGGCUGAAGCACCCGCCGCUGUCCCGAGAGCAGGGGAGUCCCCUUUCCGCACCGCGGCUUCGUGGCCACGCUUGACUCCUCCUCCGGCGGUCCGGCUGUUUAUGCCCACGCAGUGGCUUCCCUCGGAACCCGUGUUCCAGGCACCCUGCAGAUAAAAUUUGAUGCUGGCACCCUCCUUCUCAGUACACACCGACUAAUUUGGAGAGAUCAGAAAAACCAUAAUGUUAAAAGAACGUGUCUCAUGUGAUCUCUCUGAAUGGAGUACAGAUAGAGGACUUCGGGGUUGUCCCACAUUUGCUGAAUAGAGAGUGCUGCAUGGCCAUUCUUCUUUCCCAAAUUGUGUUCAUUGAAGAACAGGCAGCUGGAAUUGGAAAAAGUGCCAAAAUAGUGGUUCAUCUUCACCCACCUCCAUCCAACAAAGAACCUGGUCCGUUCCAGAGUAGUAAGAACUCCUACAUCAAACUAUCCUUCAAAGAACAUGGCCAGAUUGAGUUUUACAGGCGUUUAUCUGAGGAAAUGACACAGAGAAGAUGGGAGAAUAUGCCAGUUUCCCAGUCAUUGCAAACAAAUAGAGGACCCCAGCCAGGAAGAAUAAGAGCUGUAGGAAUUGUAGGCAUCGAAAGGAAAUUGGAAGAAAAAAGGAAAGAAACUGACAAAAACAUUUCUGAGGCUUUUGAAGACCUCAGCAAGCUAAUGGUCAAGGCUAAGGAAAUGGUGGAGUUAUCAAAAUCAAUUGCUAAUAAAAUUAAAGACAAGCAAGGUGACAUCACAGAAGAUGAGACCAUCAGGUUUAAAUCCUAUUUGCUGAGCAUGGGAAUAGCUAACCCAGUUACUAGGGAAACCUAUGGCUCCGGCACACAGUACCACAUGCAGCUGGCCAAACAGCUGGCUGGAAUACUGCAGGGGCCACUAGAGGAACGAGGGGGAAUAAUGUCACUCACGGAGGUGUACUGUUUAGUAAACCGAGCUCGAGGAAUGGAAUUGCUCUCACCAGAAGAUUUGGUGAAUGCAUGCAAGAUGCUGGAAGCGCUAAAAUUACCUCUCAGGCUCCGAGUUUUUGACAGUGGUGUCAUGGUAAUUGAGCUUCAGAGCCACAAAGAAGAGGAAAUGGUGGCCUCAGCCUUGGAGACAGUUUCAGAAAAGGGAUCCCUGACAUCAGAAGAGUUUGCUAAGCUGGUGGGAAUGUCUGUCCUCCUAGCUAAGGAAAGGUUGCUUCUUGCAGAGAAGAUGGGCCACCUUUGCCGAGAUGAUUCUGUGGAAGGCUUGCGGUUUUACCCAAAUUUAUUUAUGACCCAGAGCUAAGGGUUUUAUAUUUCAAAUACUUCUUGUUCAUAUACUUGUAUCACGUAGAAUUUGUAGGACAUUGAGCUCAGAGUAAACCCUGAUAAUCUGAGAAUUUCUGGAAUGUUAUACUAUAAUAUAAAACCCUUUUUAAAAAAAUUUACUGAUUGAUGAGACAGAGAGAGAGAGAGAGGCAGAGACACAGGCCGAGGGAGAAGCAGGCUCCCUGCAGGGAGCCUGAUGUGGGACUCGAUCCCGGUCUCCAGGAUCACGCCCUGGGCCGAAAGUCGCGCUAAACCACUGAGCCACCUGGGCUUCCCAAUAUAAAACCCUUUUAAUUUCUCCCUAAAUAUUAUGAUCCAGGAAGUUUACUUAGGAUAAAUAUAGAAAAAAUACAGAAAACUGAAUGCCACUAUGAUUUUGAAAUCAUGCUACAGGGAUCCCUGGGUGGCGCAGCGGUUUGGCGCCUGCCUUUGGCCCAGGGCGCGAUCCUGGAGACCUGGGAUCGAAUCCCACGUCAGGCUCCCGGUGCAUGGAGCCUGCUUCUCCCUCUGCCUGUGUCUCUGCCCCUCUCUCUCUCUCUCUCUGUGUGACUAUCAUAAAUAAAUUAAAAAAAAAAAAAUUAAAAAAAAAAAAAGAAAUCAUGCUACAGUUGAUAGAACCUUCAGAGUUUAACUUGAAAUAUGGUGGCUUUUAACUUGAUAUGACCUUUGUUUUAAAAAAAAAAAAAAGAAGAAGAAGGGAGUUUAGUUAAUGGGGGAAGAAAGAAGUUGCAUGUUUGGACAGGCCAGAUCAUUUUUCUGGUGUGACUAAAAUUCAUUGAAUUAUAAACAAAGUUUUUCUCUGCAUCAAAUGUGCCCAUUUUGGAGGGGCAGGGCUCACGAAGCAAGUCAUACCUACAAUGUAGUUUGAGAACUGAUGACAUUGGAACAGAAUAUGAAACUGCAGAAUGGCAUAUGAGGCUCCUUUCCUAAGGGCUUUUCUUUAGAAGCAGUCAUAAGCAUGUCUUCAACAGAUACUUUAAAAAAGGAGAGAAUUGUAUUUGACUUAAUGUAUGUGUGUGUGUGUGUAUAUAUAUAUAUGUAUAUAUGGUCUGACUCAUUUUUUUUUUUCAAGUGAUGAUUUCAUGGCUGGCAUUUAAAGAAUGCAACUAUCUCAUUUUGUUUUAAAAAUGCUGUGGAUUUUGAAACUGAAUUAACAAGCUAUAUAGACACGCCCAGAGAUCUGAUUACAAAUUUGGAAAGUAGAGGGCUGAGAAAUUCCCUAGGAUUGUGUGGGUGAAGAGGCAGGGAGAACCUUUGAGUAGCUUAGGAACCUUGGUGCUCUUUGACCUCAAAAAUCAAGGACAAGAAUUGAACACCAAUAAAAAAUAAAUUUAUUAUUUAAAAAAAGAAAUCAAGGAUGGGAACAAAGAAGGUAGACAAGUAAUCGGUCUCCUUUUCCUACCCUUAAGGAGUUUAGUAAGGAGCUUUAAAAAAUCUUUUUUGUUCCAGCAAUAUUUUUUUUUCUUUACCCCAUACAUUAGAAGUUGUGUAAAGAAACUAUCUCACUGAAAAGUAUUACCAAGAUAACAAAAGCUGGCUAAUGUUGGAUGUAGACAUUGAAUACUAUUUCUGACUUCCUGUGUUAUUGCUAGCCAGCAUAUGGUGUGUUGGCAUUGCCUCAAACUCAGGGAUCCCACAGGGACAGAAGGGGAUUCCCCCCACCUUUCCAAGACUGCUGAAAAUAGAAAAUAGUGAUAUUGUUUGGCCCAGCCUCCAGAAAGGAUAGUGUCUGUAUUGACUAGCAGACAAUACAGACACUAACUGUGGUGACUAGCAGAACGGGAUACCCCAACCCACACUCUGGGAUCCUGGAGGUGUUGUCACCAAAUGAGGUGAGGGUCACUGCCAGUGGCUACUACAAAUGCCCUUUGGGGAAGUGGCAGGGAUCCUCAGCUGCAGACCUAAGGGAAUCCUAGCACUGUAGCCACCUAUAGUCCGUCCCUGACCCCUGCCUGCAAAAGUGGCUGUUGCUGCUUCACAUCCUCCAGUGUCAUGGGAACAUCUUGGCUGAGGCAUCCUGCCUUCCUGCUUGUCUUCAUUUACCAGACUUGUGGUGGAUUCUAUAGUGUGAUGACAGAGCCCCCAAUUUCCUCACUGCUCAGCCUCGGGUUUGUUUGGGAGGGAAUCCAGUAUCUGGCUGCUCAUGUCUUUCAGGCCAUUGUGUAAACUUGUUUGUGUGGCACUCCUAUUUCUAGGUUGUACUCACACUGCUGUACACGCACAUUCAUGUACACAAGCACGCACACACGAUAUCUGUCUAGGGUUUUUUAAAAAUUACAAAAGUAAAUAAUCUCUUUCAGCUGUUGGAAUGGGUUGCAGCUAAGAUUGUUUGAGCUAACUGGACUUAGCUCUUAGAAUCUGGAUUCAUUAUCGCACACUCCCCUGGUUCAACAUACUUAUUAACAUUAGUAUGACGACACAUUAAUAAAAAUGGAGCAAUCUAAAUUGUAUAAGGUGAAGUAAAGAGGAAGGAAAGUGACAUGAAUAUAUUUUGCAAAUGGCACAUUAAUUAAAAAAGUAUUAUUUCACUGUUUUAUUUUUAAAGCGGGCAUUCUCCACGGUUUCCAGGCCUCUAUAUUUUUUAUCCCUCCCCUGUUUGUUUGGUUUUUUUGCCAAAUAAGGUAUUAUAAAGUUAUGUUUAAAUACAACCAAUCAGGCCCUAAAUGCAAAAAACUCAUCUUGGUGCUUAUCACUGGAAUAAUUAUUAUUUUUGCUCUUAGGAGCAUAAAUUUGUAGCUUUACAGUAAUGGAAUUUUUCUAGUCACUGUCAAAAAUUUUUGUAUAUUGUACGAGUAAAUAUUGUUUUCAGGGUUAAAUGAUUGGAGUUGAUGUAUAUAGAGUAAAAUUACUGUAAAACUUUUACAUGAUUUUCCUUAACUUGGUGUUCUUUUCAAAAUACUCUUUGAAAAAUACAUGAAAGUGAUAAACCUUAAUCCGAAUAAGCUAAUAUGUUAAAAUUUUUUUCUUUAUGACCUCAAAAUCUUACUGUUUUAGUUUUUUUAAAAGAAUGGGAAAUGGCUCUUGAACUGUUUUUUUGUUUUUUAUUUUGAUUCUUGAUGUGAACUCCACUGUUGACUGACCUUGUGUAUUCACAUGAAUGUACUAUCUCAUUCCCUAUAACCAGACUAGCUUGAGCAGACAUAGACUCGUCAUGUCCUCAUUCUCAUUCUCUGCCCAGCAAUCUCAGCAUUUUCAUUUUGAUACAGUAGAGUCACACUCAUAAGCUGGUUAUAUUUUUAGACUGUGCCUCCGAAUUAAAUCAAGCAUGCUCAAAAUUAUCCCUGAAAAUCCCAUAUUGCCAGUGAAGUUCUCUGUAUAGUCUUACAGUUAGAAUCCCUAUAGAGUGAUACACAGGUAUGAAUAUAUUAUGAAUAUAGUAAGUAUACUAUAUACAAUACACAAUAAAAACUACAUAGCAACAGUAGACUCUUUUAACACCAAUAAUUAAACUUUAAAUGUGUGUUUUGUUUUCUGGGCACUAGGUACGCUUGAUUUUAUGUAAAUUUAUUGCUAAUUCCAUGCCUUGUGAUAGAUCUAGAGUGUGAGCUCCACAAGGGUAAAGAUUUUUAUCUGGUUUGUUUGUGAAUAUAUCCUCAGAGCCUAGAACAGGGCCCAGCACACAGUAAGCAUUCAAUAAAUAUUAACUGAAUGAGUGAACUCUGAUGUAUAUACCUAUUUAUAACCUGGCUCCAUUUAUCCUACUUUAUCUGCCAUUCAAUUAAAAAAAUUUUUUUAAUA